AUGGCAAUCCGAAGACUCUUCACGCGUCUCCCUGCAUUGCACACGACCAGCGGCCCUCCGCAAUUUUCCUGGCAGGGGCCAGUCCGUGCAGCACCGGCGACAGCAGCAGCUGCGGCUCUAAGUGCAGCUUCCCGAGUUAUUUCGACCAGCAGGGGAAGGGCAGACACCCUGCUGUCUGUUCGCUGCUUCUUUUCAAUAGGGUCACCAAGCCACAGCGCGACUGUGUCUCCCACUCCCAGCAGCAGCAGCAGCAGCAGCAGCAGCAGCACCGAUGACACCGAGAAAAGCCCUCGAAAGACCACUGGGCUACACAAGGUGUGCGACCUUGCGAGCCCCUUAGCCGAGUUCAUGGGCAAGUCUCAGGCGUCUCGUGUGGAGGUUACAAAAUUCAUCUGGGCGUAUAUCAAAGAAAAGGAUCUUCAGAAGAAGGAGAACCGCAGGAUAGUUGUUGCAGACGAGCGCCUCAUGCCGCUGUUGCGGCAGCGCGAGAUGUCCAUGUUUGAACUCAACAAGGUCCUUAGCAAGUACAUACACAACAUUCCCCAGCAGCAGCAGCCACAGGGCCUGCAACAGCAACGACAGCAGGCUCCUGGGAUUGCCUUGAGGCCUUCUUUCUACUCGCCGCAACGGGAGCAGCAGUUUUUCGAGCUGCAGCCCGGUGUUGCUCCAUCGGCACGAUUUGCCGUGAGGCCUUUCGAGGCAAAAAGAGACUCGCGUUCGGCAGGCACUCGUCCUCGCCGUCGUCGCCGAGUGCAACGCAAUUUGCGUGGCUCCGUGCGAGGUCCCCAAAAUCUGUUCCCAUGGAGGGGCCCUUGGCUCGGGGAGGGAGGGGGCAGUUCUCGAGCACCAGCCCUCACAUCCUCUAGCGCUCACAAGCGUAGAGCUCAGACAGCUCCCUGCCCAUUAGCUCCUAGAGGCUCGACGUCAGCCGCAACUAGUAGCCAUGCGCUUGGAAUAGCCUGCUCCGCGCCUACACAAUAUUACCCUAGACCCCUGCAGGGGGCCCCACCCCCGGGGCCCUGCACUGCUCGUGUGUUAAACAGGCCCCUCCUUAAGGGUUGUUAUAAAAGUCAAACCCGGCCGUGUCUGCUACACACACUUCCCAACGCGAGAGGCGUUGCCAUGCAGGAAACAAAACACCCCAUCUAG